AUUCUUCUUCUUUUUCACGUUUCUUGAGUCUCUACACAUAUACAUACAUAUUAUAUAUGUAUAUACAAUCACUGUUUUUGUAAUUCUGUUUCUCUCUCAUCGCAUUUUACUCUGCACAGCACAAAUCAAUCGUAUUCUUGAAAAAGAUCUUGUGUUUUUCCCUUUUCUGAUUCUUCAAUCCUCCUUCAUUCGUAUACCCAAUAAAAAGAUUGUGUAAUCUUUGAUCAAUUGGCGUUGAUGAUGCUUUUGAAUUUUUAGUGGGUGUUGAAGAAUUAGGGUUCGUAGAUUGAUAAUUAUGUAGUUUUUCGUUUAAAUUAAAGAUUAGGGUCUGCUAAUUUUUCUUGUUCUUUAAUUGGGUAUCUUUAAUUUUGGUGCGUGGGUCGAUAAUCGAUUGUUGAUUUGGCUGAUUUUGAUGAAAUUGAUCAAGCGGGGCUAACUUUUUCCAGACCCUAAUUGAGGUGUAAUUAGGUAUAUAUAUAUAUAUAUUUAUAGAUCUGAGUGGCGAUUGAACGGUUUUUUUGUUAAGUUGGGGAGUCAAUUCAAGAAACCAUCAUGGAUCAUAUUGUUGGUGGAAAGUUUAAGCUUGGAAGGAAAAUUGGGAGUGGAUCCUUUGGUGAACUCUAUUUAGGUGUCAACAUUCAAAGUGGAGAAGAAGUAGCUGUUAAACUGGAAUCUGUGAAGACGAGGCAUCCUCAACUUCAUUAUGAAUCAAAGAUAUAUAGGCUUCUCCAAGGAGGAACGGGAAUACCUAACCUCAAGUGGUUUGGCGUUGAGGGUGAGUACAAUAUCAUGGUUAUUGACCUUCUUGGACCAAGCCUUGAAGACCUUUUCAACUAUUGUAAUAGAAAGUUCACCUUGAAAACCGUCCUAAUGCUUGCGGAUCAAUUAUUAAAUAGAGUUGAGUACAUGCAUGCAAGGGGUUUUCUUCACCGUGACUUGAAGCCCGAUAAUUUUCUUAUGGGCCUCGGUCGCAAAGCCAAUCAGGUGUACGCAAUUGAUUUUGGCCUAGCGAAAAAAUAUAGGGAUCUUCAAACUCAUAAACACAUACCAUAUAGGGAAAACAAGAAUCUCACGGGCACGGCUCGUUAUGCUAGUGUCAACACGCACCUUGGAGUUGAACAAAGUAGACGUGAUGAUCUUGAAUCUCUUGGUUACGUUCUUAUGUAUUUUAUUAGAGGAAGCCUUCCUUGGCAGGGACUGAAAGCGGGAAACAAGAAGCAGAAAUACGACAAGAUCAGCGAAAAGAAAAUGUUGACUCCGAUAGAGGUACUAUGUAAAUCAUUUCCAUCAGAGUUUAUAUCGUACUUUCACUAUUGUCGAUCGUUGCGGUUUGAGGAUAAACCGGACUAUUCGUACUUGAAGAGGCUUUUCCGGGACUUGUUUAUUCGUGAAGGCUAUCAGUUUGACUAUGUCUUCGAUUGGACUGUAUUGAAGUAUCCUCAAAUAGGUGCCAGCUCCAGAGGACGGCAUCAUAGUGGUAACGCGGGGUUAAAUGCUGGAACAUCUGCAGAAAAGCACAGAGGAGCCCCGGUUGGACAAGAUGGCCGUGCAGGAGACGCAUACUUGAGAAGAAAUCCCACACCCGGUGGGCGUUAUGAACAUGCAAGACACCGGACUUCUGAAGAUCUGCCUUCAUCAAAGGAUGUGCAAGCUGAUUCCGAAAAAGUGCGAACGUCUCGAAAUGGGAGCGCGUCGAAGUAUGGUGUGGUCUCGGGCACCAGACCGAGCUCGUCAGCUGAAGCUACGGAAGGCCAAUCGUCAAGCCGGAUUGUGUCGAGCAUCGGGGGCCGAAUGUCUACUACUCAAAGAGGCCUUGAGACCAAACCGAGCCGUACCUCAAAGGGUGGACGCGAAGAUCCUCUGAGGAGCUUCGAGUUCCUACAAAUCAGGAAGUAACGAUAAAAAAAUCACCGUUAAGUAAAAAAUGACGAGAUUUAUGUUUUUCGGCUCUCUUUCGUAUUUUUCGGAGUUCUCGGGCUGUGCAUGACCCGCGUGUAUUCGUCAUUAUCACUGUACACGCUCUUGUACGGUUAUACUUGAAUACUACGAUGGUUAUUUUUUCUCUUUCGUUUGUUUUGGAAUGUCGGGUUUGGUGAUUUUGGGAAGGAUCCUUUUCGAGUCGUUUGUUGUGAUUUAUUCGAGUUCAAACGAUUUGACAAGAGAC